AUCAAUUGGGGUUAGACUGGACAUGUGCGGGGGGGAUUGCUUACAACGACGGCUGCUUUCGAGAGGGACAUAAUACAACCACCUGCCAUCUAGAACACGUCUGUUUUUUCCCUUGGUCUAAAACAUCCAAACGUUUCCUAUUCGCGGUAUGGCUGAAUUGAGCCAUACAACAGGCAGGGACUUAACACCAGUUGACUUUCAGAAUUCUGACAACAGCACCAGUUUGUUUUUAAGUCCGUUGAAAGACGACAGUAUUCACGAAAAGACAACGGCUUCUGAACCGAAUUGCUUGAACGACGACGAUUUUCUCAACGAAAAUACGUUUCGAAGCUCGUUCUCUCAUUCACAAAUCGCAAACAACAACAACGGUGGCGUCGCGAGCGACUUUAAGCGAAAUUUUCUAAGCACCGCGCCAAGCACAACAACUAACUCGAUGUUUCACGAUCUUACUCCAGGAAGCUUGUGGACACCGCAAAGCCGGGAGGACAUUCAAUCUCAAACAAUGGCGAUUUCGUUCGCGGGCAACAAUUCCUUUACGCCAAAUCGUUUUCACUCUCCGAAGCCGAGCAGAAUCCCGGCUACGAACUAUCCCGCCUCGACCGGACCUCAAGGAAAGCGAAACCUUCCUGGCUUCUCGUAUAUGCCGAUAGGCAACUCCGCUAAACCUUCAACGGGAUGGAACGCGACGAACAGCCAACCUGUGUCCGGUUGGCACCAUUUCCCGGCCAACCCGAAUACUUGGCAGUUUCAUUCAAGUCCGCAUUAUGGCAUGACGAAUCACGUUAGUGUGAUUGGACAGAGAAAUGGUGUUGCCUUGAGUAACGGUCGUCCAUCAUUUCCACCUUCGAGCAAACAUCCUCGUGGACAAAGAUCGAAUUUAAACGGGUUGUAUUCAAAACCUGUGUGCACAGCAAAUUUGACACAAGGACUUCAAGGCAUGAGUCUAUCCGAACGACCGAUUGACGGAACGGUCGUUGGCGAUUCUGGCAUCCUUGGAAUCUCUGGAAAUCUAACGGAAUUGUCUAAUUCCUUGUACAUGGAUAAAACCAAGCAACAUUCGAAGCUUUCAAACUUAGAAAGCAGCCUCUUGGACAUGAUAAAAUCACCCCCUGAUUGCUCAGACAAUUUAACAGCAUUCCGAGCUCAGCUGCAGAAGAAGUCAUAUAAUCAAGAUCAGACAGUCCCAUCUUUGGGAUCUUCCUUGAACACCUCGCCAAAAUCCGACGAUUCACUGGAACGAUAUUCCAGAAAGGUGUUUGUCGGUGGUCUUCCUCCUGACAUAGAUGAAGUUGAAAUCCACGCGAGUUUUUGUAAGUUUGGGAACCUGACAGUUGAUUGGCCACACAAAGCUGAAAGCAAAUCUUACUUCCCUCCAAAAGGUUAUGCGUUCCUGUUGUUCCUUGAAGAGAUCUCAGUGCAACGUCUCAUUGAGGCUUGCAUUGAACAGGAUCAAAAGCUUUAUCUGUGCGUCUCAAGCCCAACGAUCAAAGACAAACCGGUAAGAAUUCGUCCAUGGUGUUUAUCAGAUGCCGACUUCGUCAUGGAUGCCUCUCAAGUGCUCGACCCACGAAAGACAAUAUUUGUCGGAGGCGUCCCACGUCCCCUCAGAGCCGUGGAACUCGCCCUUAUCAUGGAUCGUUCUACGGUGGCUUGCUACGCUGGCAUUGAUGUUGACCCCGAACUGAAGUACCCAAAAGGUGCUGGACGCGUGGCUUUUUCUAACCAACAAAGUUACAUUGCCGCUAUUAGCGCACGAUUUGUUCAGCUUCAACACGGAGACAUUGAUAAGCGGGUUGAAGUGAAGCCAUAUGUCUUGGACGAUCAAAUGUGUGAUGAAUGUCAUGGGGUGCGCUGUGGCGGUAAAUUCGCGCCAUUCUUCUGUGCCAACGUCACGUGCUUGCAAUAUUAUUGCGAGCAAUGCUGGUCGAUCAUUCACUCGAGAGCUGGGCGCGAGUUUCACAAACCGCUGGUCAAAGAGGGUGCCGAUCGUCCACGCAGUUUGCCGUUCCGAUGGUGAACGAAGCACUGGGCACUAACGAAGAAAUUCUGGCGCGAAACAGGUUUUUAACAAAAGGAGGGGUGUAAAUAUUAUGAAUAGCGCAGUUCAGUUUUGUACUUGCCUUUGUAAAAGCGAUGCCAUUUUACUCCACAUAACCACAGAGCAUACAGAGGUUUGACUUUGCAUUAAUUAUGCGUUCCUGGCGGCCAUGUUGUUAGCCAGUGCGCUAAAGAGAGGCCCUAUCCC